AUGGGCCCGCAGUCCGAAUGCAGCAGCUUUUCCACCGGUGCGGGUUUUGGGCCGAGGCCACCUGGCCCCUCCGACCUCGGGGGUCUAGCGCGGCCGCCGCCGCCGCCGCAAGAGGGCCCCGACGGCCUCGAACAGCCGAAGCCAUCGAAAUGCCCACCGAGUCUGCAGUUGCCGCCAGCGAAACUCGAUGAUGCACUCGCUUCAGCGAUGACAGCCCUCAAGGACUCGCUAUCGCGAGCCGUGCAGCUGUCCCUUGGUGAAGUCGAAGGUAUUUUACAAAUGCGGUUCGAGGAGCUGGGCCGAAGCUUGAAUGUCCAGUUGCCCAGCGCUCCCGAAGCCGCCACCCGAGAGAGGACGCCAAUCUCUCCAAGCAAAUUUCCUACUUCAGUUCCCGGCCACCCGGACCGUCGGUUCGACCCCGUGAGACGAGAGGACAACACCGACCGGGUCCAAGCUCAAACUGAGGGCCCAAAUGUGGCCCGGAAUCCGUCUGUAAUCGCGACGCGGCCUGACAAGCCGCCCGACGAUCGAUCGCGAUUUCAGUCCGUGUGA